CAAGGUCGGUGAACCAUGCUGAGACAAAACCAAAACUAGAACGUAAAAGACUAUCAGCAUUAUGGCACUGGACCCAGGACAGAAAUGUCCCAUGGUACUGUUAUGCGGGAAUUCUCAUCCAGAAUUGUCACAACUUAUUGCACAGAGACUUGGAGUGAGAUUAGGUGACAUCAAUGUUUAUCACAAAACUAACAGAGAAACAAAUGUAGAAAUCAAAGAGUCAGUCAGAGGAAAAGAUGUUUACAUCAUACAGACUGGCACCAAGGACGUCAACAAUGAUAUUAUGGAGCUGCUCAUCAUAUCCUACGCAUGUAAAACAAGUGCCGCCCACAACAUUAUUGGUGUGAUUCCUUACCUCCCUUACUCCAAACAAAGCAAAAUGCGGAAAAGAGGCUCCGUGAUCUGUAAAGUAAUGGCGACUAUGUUAGGAAAGUCAGGUUUAACGCACGUUAUCACCAUGGAUCUGCAUCAGAAAGAAAUUCAGGGAUUUUUUGACAUUCCAGUGGAAAAUUUACGGGCUUCUCCAUUUCUCAUUGACUACAUAGAAAGAUUGAUUCCAGAUUACAGAAAUGCCAUAAUAGUUGCACGCAAUCCGAACUCUGUAAAGCGAGCCACUUCCUAUGCUGAGCGACUGCGGAUAGGAAUAGCUGUCAUUCAUGGCGAGGAAAAAUACGAUGAUGAAGACAAGGAAGAUGGAAGAAAUUCUCCACCGCCACCGUCCAGAGUAGAAUAUAAAAAGAUUGAAAUCCUGCCAACUUUAAUGCCCAAGGAGAAGCCACCAUUGAAUGUUGUAGGAGAUGUGGGAGGAAGGAUUGCUAUUAUAGUGGAUGACAUGAUAGAUGAUGUGGAUGCUUUUGUCAAAGUUGCAGAAGUUCUGAAAGAGAGAGGAGCUUAUAAAAUUUAUGUCAUGGCCACCCAUGGUCUUUUGUCAUCAGAUGCCCCCAAACUCAUAGAGGACUCUUGUAUUGAUGAGGUUGUUGUCACUAACACUGUUCCACAUGAGAUGCAGAAAAUGCAGUGCCACAAAAUUAAAACCGUCGACAUUAGUAUUAUGUUGACAGAGGCAAUCAGGCGUAUCCAGAAUAACGAGUCCAUGUCCUACCUGUUCAGAAACAUUGGAUUGGAUGACUGAUCUCAGGACUGUAUGUUUCCAGAACAUUAGACUUUGUAGUCUGUAAUUUAUGCUAGAUAUGUAAAGAUGUGGGUCAGAAAAGCUUGAAAAUUGACAAGGAUUUAUUCAAGUUUGGCUAGUACAUGUACCUGUUGUAAUAGAAAUUAUUGUAGUUUGAUCAAGGUUUGCUUUAAUUGUAUAGGGGAACUACAUUUUUCUUGAAUACAAACACCCCAAAAAAAAGUCUGAAGAAAAAUAGAUUUCAAAAUUUUGGAAAAAAUUUUCACAUGUAUGAUUAUGCAAAAAUCAUGUUUUGUAUGGGAAGACAACUUUUACCCCCAAAUAUAGUAUGCUUCACUGUUGAUCCUCAAUUACAUGCACUUGACACCCCCCCCCCCCCAAACCCUAGAUCAGUUUAUUUUUGUAUCUGUAUUGUUUAGCGUGUUUAUGUAUUUCAUGUAUAAUUGCAUUUUUUAUGAUCCAUCCAGCUGUUGUCAUACAUAUAGAAACUAAAUAGACACCUGUGUGAGACUUGACUUCAUAUAUUGAAAGUUUAUUGAUCCUAUUACAUACCAGAAAUAUAUUCCUUCAUUCAUUCCUGCAGGACUUGUAAAAUGGUUCCAAUUGUACUGAUAUGUUCACACUUACUGUUUUGUGUAAAACUAAAUGAUUCUUGUUAAGGGGUUAAAUUGUUAAUGUUUACUAAACAAUGUACUUAAUAUGUGUGUAUGAAGAUAUUAUGUUAAUGUAAAUUUCUGUUUUUGUUCAUGUUUUGUUUGUUGAAAAUGGACACCCAACAGUGAGUCCUUUAUGUUUAUAUCCAGACCCAUGGCAAAUAAACUGGGGAAGACUU